AGCGAGAAAGUUCGGCGCUUCAUUUUAUUUCAACCCGGUGAAAACUCUCACUUGCCUUUAAUUGUCAGCAUAGUAUACCAUACACUUUCUUUUCGUGCGUUUGCAUUUGUUUACAUUUACUUACGAAACACAAAACAAUGUUUACAAAACGCGCUAAUUUGCUGCACAGUAAUCAGCAUAAUAACAACAACAACAAUAAUAAUAAUAACACUGCUACAAGUUGUGCUUUAAAUCCUGACAAGUGCAGCGACCUAUGCCUACAAGUGGCCACGAAUGUAACCGAGCAGAAGCAUCAUGUGACGCGUGAGACGCGCGGCAGAAACUUGGGUUUGAGUCGCGGCUUUCGUGGCUGCACCGUUUGGUUAACUGGUCUCAGUGGCGCUGGCAAAACAUCGAUUGCUUUUGAGCUGGAGGCGUAUCUGGUCUCCAGAGGCAUACCGGCCUAUGGUCUGGAUGGCGAUAACAUUCGCACCGGUCUGAACAAGAAUCUAGGCUUUACGCCUGCGGAUCGCGAGGAGAACAUACGACGCGUUGGCGAGGUUGCCAAGUUGUUUGCGGAUAGCGGCGUUGUGUCCAUCUGCAGCUUUGUCUCGCCUUUUGCCGAUGAUCGUGACAUGGCGCGCAAAAUACACAAGGAUGCGGAUCUAAAAUUCUACGAAAUCUUUGUGGAUACGCCGCUAGAUGUAUGUGAGACCCGUGAUGUCAAGGGACUGUACAAAAAGGCGCGCGAGGGUGUCAUCAAGGGCUUCACGGGCAUAACGCAGGAAUAUGAGCGGCCGCAGCAGCCGGAGCUGGUGGUCAAUACGCACGACUGCACAGUGCGCGAGUCCACACAGCAGCUAGUGACUUUGCUGGAGCAGGAGGGUAUCAUACCGCGUUCGCUGCGUGAUGUUGACUUGUUACCGGAGCUGUAUCCCAGCGAAGCCAACGAGUCGCAGGAACUGGUCAAGGAGGCCGAGUCACUGCAGUCGCUGGAGAUUAGCACUGUGGAGCUGCAGUGGGUGCAGGUGCUGGCCGAAGGCUGGGCGUAUCCGCUGCGUGGUUUCAUGCGUGAGGAUGAGUAUCUGCAGACACUACAUUUUAACACGCUGCAAAGCGGUCUGGAUGCCUCGUACCGCGAGAAUCAUUCGGUGCCCAUUGUACUUAGCGCCAGCGCCGAGGACAAGCAACGUUUAGAUGGCGUCUCGGCGAUAACGCUCAAGCACGAGGGCAAGGCAGUGGCCAUACUGCGUCGUCCGGAGUUUUACUUCCAGCGCAAGGAGGAGCGUCUUGCGCGCCAGUUUGGCACCAGCAAUGCCAAUCAUCCGUACAGCAAGAUGGUCUACGAGUCCGGCGAUUAUUUGGUCGGUGGUGAACUGUCAGUCAUUGAGCGCAUCCGCUGGCGCGAUGGGUUGGACCAAUAUCGCCUGACGCCCAACGAGCUGCGUGACAAGUUCAAGGAGCUCAAUGCGGAUGCCAUUUUCGCCUUUCAGCUGCGUAAUCCCAUACACAACGGGCACGCGCUUCUCAUGCAGGACACCAAACGCCAGCUGCUCGAGCGUGGCUUUAAGCAGCCCGUGCUGCUUCUGCAUCCGCUGGGCGGUUGGACAAAGGACGAUGAUGUACCGCUGCAGGUGCGCAUGGCACAACAUCAGGCUGUGCUCGACUCAGGCGUGCUCCGACGCGAGGACACCGUGCUGGCCAUCUUCCCCUCGCCCAUGAUGUAUGCUGGGCCAACGGAGGUGCAGUGGCAUGCCAAGGCUCGCAUGAAUGCGGGCGCCAAUUUUUAUAUUGUGGGCCGUGAUCCGGCCGGCAUGCCGCAUCCGGACAAGCAGGCAUAUCCCGAUGGUAAUCUCUACGAUGCUACGCAUGGCGCACGUGUGCUCAAGAUGGCACAAGGCCUGGACAGCAUGGAGAUUCUGCCGUUCCGCGUGGCUGCCUAUGACAAGACAGCUACUGCCAUGGCCUUCUUUGAUCCGCAGCGCAAGGAUGAUUUUGAGUUUAUAUCUGGUACCAAGAUGCGCACCUUGGCCAAGACAGGUGCCAGUCCACCUGAUGGCUUUAUGGAGCCGCAGGCCUGGAAGAUACUCGCUACCUACUAUCAGAACCUGCCGCAGGCGUAACCCCCGGUCCAAAAUCCGACGACAGGGAUAACCCCGCACAAGUCUUAGUGCAAUUCAACUAGCAAUGCUUAGCUAAAGCGUAUUUGAAGCUUUUAAUUCCACACUCUUUAUCCUUAUAUACUUACCUAUGUUAAGUACAACGUGCUAUGUCCAAAUGCUUAAGUUCUUGAUUUAUCGCUUCAAUUUCAAUCGUCCUUUUUUGUAUUUAUGUGUGUGUCAGUGUUUGUGUGCGUGUGAAAUUGUAAUUAUACAACAAAAGCCUAUAUUUAAGCUGUUCCAAUCUGUGUUUAUCCAAAUCUAAACAUUUUAUACUAUCUUUUGUAUCUAACACAAUAAAUUUUUAAUCUAUGCAUUUAAAUGAAU